UUUCUUCGCACUGCUUUCCAGAGACUGUUAGAGGAAGAGCUGCGUCUUCCGCCUCCCAGGCUGCCCAGCGGCGCCGGUUGCCCAGGAACAGAGGCGCCAUGGGAAGGGAUGGCGGGAGGGUACGGGCUAGGUGCUGGGUCCGGAACUAAGUUGGUGAAGAAGAGCUCGGGCUCGUCAUGAAACAACGAAAAGCCCAGGGGGGCGGCCGGGGGCGCAAGAAGAGAGGUUUGAGUGACAUUUCUCCAUCUACAAGCCUUCCACCUCUGGUCGAAGGCCAGCUACGCUGCUUUCUAAAACUUACUGUUAGUAAAAUAAUAUGGAAGAUUGCAAAGCCUCCUACUUGUGUUCUUGUCCGAGUGAGAUGGUGGGGAGAAACAUCCGAUGGAACCCUCUUUUGUCCCAGAGAUGCAUUGCAGACUGAACCAAAAGCUGUGAGAACAACUACACGUUAUGCUAUUCGCUGUGGUCCAAAGCAAUUUACCUCUUAUCUGACAGAUAUGGCUGUGCUGGUUCUGGAAGUAAUCACCAAACUUGAUCAUCUUCCAAUUGGCAGAGUUCAGAUCAGUGGACUAGCCCAGCUUUCUCCAACCCAUCAAAUAAAUGGAUUUUUUACCAUUGUUUCACCAACAUCUAAGAAACUCGGAGAACUGCAGGUCUCACUUGUCCUAGAGCCUCUGUCAGAAACUUACAACAGCUAUAGUCCUCUUCCUACUACUGAUAUGACCAAAAAUAAACUUGUAAAUGAGCAGGGAUUCAGAGAAAAUACCGAACCCAAUAGUACCCAGUUUCUGGUUCCAUCAGGGCAUCACAGAAUACCUGCCGUCAAAACGGAUGGAAAAGAUUUAGUGGCCAACAGUAGUAGAUCAACCACACCAAGGGGAAAGGACCACUUGUACUUUGCAGAGAACUCAGAUACAAUAAAGGACCCUUUCUUUGGACCACAGUACCCUGUGAAUUCAGCACAGAGUGUAGAGGCUGCAACCCUGAAAGACAAGGCUCCACGGAAGCAGAUGUCCCUUCUCAACAGCUCUCAAUUCCAGCCUCAAAUGAGGACAGCUGCCAAGAGUCACAGUGAUUCAUGCAUUCUUUCCUCAAAUAACCCACCUACCAAGGACCUUCUUUCAGCUCUUUUGGAACAAGGAAACAAACUACGUAAUGCCAUGGUGAUUUCUGCGAUGAAAUCAAGCCCAGAUACUAGCAUGUUGUUGGACAAAGUUCAUCCUCCUGUGAAGGAAGAGUCUCUUAGAGUUUCAACACAAGCCUCAUCUAGAAAUCAACAUAAAGAUUACAUUGACGAUCACCUCCUCCCUUCAACUGAGAAUACAUCUUGGAAACAUGACAUAAGAACUGAUACGAGAGCUAUACAGCUGCUACUAGGAAGUGCUGAAUUAUCUGACGGUCAUCACUGGGAUGGGCUAGGCUCUCCUCCAGAUUCGCCUUCUCCUAGGAGUGAUGUGUACUGUAGCAGCGAGCUGAAUGACCCUCAGUAUGACCAGAGUCUCCUGGAGAACUUAUUUUACACGGCACCUAAAUCUGAUGCCAGCGUCAGUGAUUUUCUCAGUGAAGAUGAUGAUAUUACCCCUUCUAAAAGAAUGAACCAGUCAGAAACUCUUGCCAGGUCUUCUAAAGUUCUGGAGUCAAGUGAUCGUAAGCUGAAGAAGAAGGUGAUUGGCAGGAAAAAUGGAAACGUGGUUGAACAACCCAUGCUCACAACAACUCCAAAAGAUACCCAUGUUGUGGCAUUAAGUGUAGACAGACUUGCCCUUCUGGGUAGAACCCAUUCGGUCAGAAUUAUCAUCGAAACAAUGCAAGUUCCUCCAGAUAGUCCUCAGAUGACCCCUGGCAAAAAAACCUGUGCUGGGAGACCACCUAAGCUGACAACAGCAAAAAAGCGCACUUUCUUUGUGGAAUAUCACUUUCCUGUGGGCUUCUCCAAAAGUGGAUUGGGAAAGACAGCUUUGAUCACUGAGGUUGUUCGACUCGCCUCCAGUAAAAUUACAGAUGGAAUGGUGAAAUUCCAGCAGCGAUUUGUGUUUCCGGUACAGUUUGGUGGUCCAAUGAUAGAGCACUGGUGGAAUUCCUCCCUCACUUUCCAAAUUUAUGCAAAGAAAACACCGCAGAAGAAGCCAGAAAUCAUUGGAUCUGCAUCACUUCCUUUGCGAGCUGUCCUUCAAUCAGAGCUGCUUUCUUUCACUGACCAACUUCCAGUGCAACAGGGAAAUGGUCAGACUUCACUUGGCCCCCUCAAGGUAACCGUGGAGCUUGUUAUAGAAAAUAAAGAUUUCACUGGCGUCAAUACUAAGUUAAGAAGCAGCACCGAGCAUACCCCACUCUGUGCUCCUACAAGUCCAGAUAAGAUACUGCCAGAACCCAGCCAGGAUAUCCCCUGCACCAGAAAUCCCCAGAACCUAAGUCAAAUCCCUGAGGAAACUACAAGGACAGCACGGAAGCUGGUGCUCCCUGACCCAAAGUCACCGAGCCCUAAAACCCCAGAUCCUUCUACCUCCAUGGCUAUGCCAGCCUCGUACAAUUCAGAAAAUCAGACAAAUGGGUCAACAAGUGAGAGUGCUUUGCUAUUGCAUAUGCUAUUGAUGGUGCCAGAUGGGAAAGAUUUCAAUACUGGAGGAUCUGAGAAACAACCGUCAUGCAACGUUUAUUUAAAUUGCAAAUUUUUUAGCACGAAGGAAGUCACCAGAUCUGUCAUCUCAUGGGGCACAACACAACCAGUCUUUAACUUUUCCCAGGUGAUUCCUGUCUCCUUGUCUUCCACAUACCUAGAAAGACUUAAAAACAAUGUGAUGGUAAUUGAAGCAUGGAACAAGGUGCGGAGUCCAGGACAGGACAAGCUGCUCGGGCUGGUGAAACUUCCCCUCCAUCAGUUUUACGUGUCAUUCAAAGAUUCCAAGGUUUCUCGCCUGCUGCUUGAUGCCCAGUACCCAGUGGUUGCUGUUGACAGCUACGUGCCUGUGAUUGAUGUAUUUUCGGGUCACCAAAACGGGAAUCUUCGAGUCUUUUUAGCUAUGGGUUCUUCAGAUCAGAUAAUGGCACUACAAAGAUUAAAGAAUGAAGAAGGAACCUUGCUCCCUCCCGUCAACCAUAGGCCAGCCCACUUCCUGGAUCAGCCAUCUGUAGCAUCUGUUGCUACGGUGAAGGACCAAGGAACUGGACUGAUGGAGCAUCUCUUUGAGUUCCAUGUAGAAAUGGUUAAAGGGCUCACUCCUCUUCAGGCAACAGUCUGGGGAGAAGCAGAUUGUUAUGUUCAGUAUCAUUUUCCAGUUCAAGACUCGCAAUCCAGUGUCCUGAAAGGACCCGAGUUCCUUGAAAAUGGAAUUACUCUGAAGUCUUUCAGAACUGCAACCACACUCUGUGUUCCAGAUCCCAUCUUUAAUAGUGAGCACCAUCAUUCUCUCCUGUUACCAAGUGAAGUUCCAGUGCAAAGGGUCCUACUAAGUGCCUUCUCUUCACAGGGGCUCGUGCCUGGAGGUGGAGUCCAGUUUGAAGUUUGGUGCAGAUACUAUUACCCUAAUGUAAGAGACCAGAUGGUCGCGAAAGGAACCUUGCCAUUAUCAAGGAUCUGUGCCAUGGCAACCAUGCAGCACCGUGAGGAUAUGGGAGUGCAGACCUUUAGUCUCCCUUUAACCCCCCGACUUGAGCACAGGCAAGAAUUGAGAAAUCAAUCUUCAGGUUUCCUGGAUGUGGGCCUGAAGUACAGGCGUAGUCCAAGAACAGCAGAAGGAGUUCUUGCUGCCCGUGUUGUCACCAUCUCAGUCCAGAUUAUCAGAGCCUGUGGUCUGCAAGCAGCAGCCAAGGCUUUGGCUGAGCAAGAACCCGCUCUGCAGUUUAGUGCCACAGUUGGAGUCAACGCCUCUGUAACUGCUCACCUCUCCUUCCUGCCCAAGGGAGAACAGCGGCGAACCCGCCCUGUGGCCUGUUCCUUUUGUCCUGAAUUCUCCCAUCACAUUGAGUUCUCAUGUAAUUUGGUAACUCGGCACUGCAGUGGAGAGGCCUGUUUCCUGGCAGAGUUGUUGGAAUUUGCAGAAGUUACUUUUGCUAUCUAUCAUGAAAAUACCAAGUCAGUCAGCGAUCUAGCCGGUAUCCAGUCAUGUAAAGAAUAUCUGCUUGGAGUUGUAAAGGUUCCAACAAAAGAGCUGCUGAUCAAGAGAUGUGGGAUUACAGGAUGGUAUCCUAUCAUUUUACCAGAAGAUGGUGACCUGCCUCAUGGCUUGGAGCUCAUGCAGAAAAUUGUAGGUGGUCUGGAACUUUCAGUUUCUUUCACCCAUCCUGGAGAUAGAGAACGAGUGUUGGAAGCUGCUGAACUACUGGGCUGGAGCUUUGAGAAUAGUUUGAAGGAUCUUGUGAAGGGGAAUGAAGAGGAACCGGCCACUGUCACCAUCUCCACCCCAAGGCUGUGGCUGCCCAUCCACUGUGUGUUGCUUGCUGGCCACAUGAAUAUUCAUAAGAAUACAUACUGCUACCUUCGCUACAAGCUAUAUGAUCAUGAAGCCUUUUGGACCCCUCUCAAGAAACCUAAGGAGUCUUCGAACAAAAACCAGGUUAUGGUUACUUUCAAGACAUCCAAAAGGGCAGAAGUCACCAGGGGUCCAUCAUUGCUUUGGUACUUCAGGGAGGAGAAGCUAGAGAUCCAAGUGUGGCGAGCUUAUGGCAAUGAUAGUGUGGAGAGGCCCCACCACACGGACAGCUGGAUUGGCUCGGCCUACGUGGACCUGGCCAGACUCGGGGAGAGGUCGACAAGGACACUAACUGUCAGUGGUGUGUAUCCUCUGUUUGGACGGAAUGCAUCCGACCUCUCAGGAGCUGCCCUGCGCGUUCAUGUGGUUCUGUCCUCUCUUUCCCCACACACUGAGCCCACUCAUGAACUGGACUCCUUGGACUGCAGUAGCCACAGUGAAUCUGAACAACUCCCCAGUAGAGGUGAUAAGAUCCAGCCUUCUCCACCAUCUGACCACCAGAAGCCUCCCGCCUCCACCCAAGUCCCCUGCAACUGCACCACAGCAGAAGUCAGCCUGGCUCAGGAGGGCCCUACUGAGUUGGACGGAACUUUUGCAGUCAGUAUCCUGGUAGAAAGAGCAAUGCACUUGAGCUUGAAAGGGAGCCCCUUGACAGAGCGAAGAGUGUCUGUACCCAGUUGUUGUGUGUCCUUUGCAACGGCCGAUGAGUCGUCUCCUAUAUACACCCACGUGGUUGAAAACACAGAUUCUCCUAUCUGGAAUUUUCAGCAGCAGUCACGGCUUUCAAAAGAGCUGCUUUUGGACCCACAGCAAACCCUCGUCUUCAAAGUUUGGCAUAAAAGAGAUGAGGAGAGAGUGAUUGGCUUUGCCUCAGUGGACCUGUCCCCUCUUCUCUCUGGCUUCCAGUUUGUCUGUGGCUGGUACAACAUCACAGACUUCAGUGGCGAAUGUCAGGGUCAGAUAAAAGUUGCCAUCUCCCCUUUGGAGAGUUUGAUGCACUUCAAAAAAGAGAAACAAGCAAGACGUGGGGCAGAGACCCCUGGAUCACUGACUCUGAGGUAUGGUCCCUUUCCCUUCCCUGCCUCCGAUGUGUAUGCUGCGUUCCCUAGCCACAUGGCAGAGCAGACCCCAGACCAGCUUGCUUACACUUCAAAGGAACUCUAUGUCUCCUCUCCUGGGAGAAUUGGUGUCACAAGAAACCAGGUAUCACGCCACGAGGAGCACGUGCAGAACAUCCGCCGAUUUCAUGAAUCCCUACAGCAGGGAGAGGCUGUCUCACCAAGUGAUGACAAACUGACCACAUUGCCCUUGUCCUCCCGCACCUCCAUUCUGACCUGCCUCAGGAAGAAUCUGAGCGAGUUAGAUCAGAUCCAGCGGUACUUCAGCCAGAAGCUCAGCAAGCCUUUCCUUCCCCUCAGCCCUCAGACGCAUAGUGCCAUCUGGCAAUGCCAGGAGGGCCAUAGGGACCACCUUGGGCCAGGAGCCAGCAGCCUAGACCCAGAGAGCCAGUGCCUCCUGGAGAAAUCCAACGACCUGGUGUUGCAAGUCAGCUCCUUAAUCACGGAUCUGCAGACUAUCACCAGGAAUUCUCAAGCAGCUUUGAGUUCUCACCAAACCAGCAGUAGAAGCAGAGAGGUCAUCACCCCACCAGAUGCUCAGGACACAGAGGAAAUUCAAGAACGAGGCUCAUCUCCAGACCAGCCAUUGGCAAGAGCUCCUGAUGAAGGCACAAAUUCCCCACCUCCCCCUGCUCUUGAAGGGUCUCCAGGCAGAAAAGGAAAGCUCCACAAGCCCCUGGUACAUACAGUACCCAUUACGAGGAUGCAGAGCAGUGAAGACACAGACGAAGGCCCAGUGUACAGUGAUGAGGACUAUGAAGAAGACAUCAUUGAGCCCAGGACCCUAAAUGAGAUUACCACCGUGACAGACAAAACUAGCCCUUGGUCCAGUUUUGUGUCAGACACAAGUGAGGUUAUCAGCCCUCAGCCUGAUGAGGUGCAGAGGGAGGGCCCCUCUUGUCCUUCUCCAGAGUCUUUCCCCAGAGAAAAGCUCACAGUCAGGAGUAGCCCUCUGUCCAAUCCAGAAAAGGCUAUCAACCCCCCUUUGUCCAGAAAGGCUUCUCUCGGCUCAAGUCUUGGUGCUUGUGAGGGCAGGGCCUCUAAGGCCAGGGUUGGAGAGCCUGCCUCAGCCAAUCCUAAGCCUGCCCCAUGCCUGACACUCUCAGGAGCCCGGCAGAGCAACACUUUGGCUGGGUGCAACUCACCCAGGGCAGACAACAUGGAAUCCAAGCCAGAAGCCCAGGCUGGGAAUGAAACUGCCUCCAGUGAGCUCAGUGACUCUGCCGAUAGCUUUGAGAAGCUCCCUGUACACCUUGCCUCCCAGAACAAAAGAGAGAACCACAAGGGACCACCCAUCGACUCCUCUGACGUCAGUCAGAAGCAGGUUACAGCCAAAUCAGCGGUGUCUACAAAUCAGAGCCUCCUCCUCACUGAGCCCAUCGUGGUGCCCAACUUCUUUCUGCCUCCGCAGCAGCUGGAGGCCUCCAUGCGGAUGCUUUCACUGUCUGCAGCCCUGCCACCACCGGCCACUACAAAAGAGGACAAGAGCAACGCCACCAGGGAAACUCUGACCCGAAGGCCUAGUCACCCCAGACCAAAUUCACUCCCUCCCACCCUGACGGAAGAAGAAACCCGCAGGAUCGCACGGAUAUUUUCGUCCCAGUACUCCCAGAAAGACUAACAGCCUGAGGGGCUGAGGGAAGCAGCCGCGGCCCACCCUCCCUCCCUCCUUCGGCCCUGACUCACACACAGGAGGCACCAAGUCUGAUUCUCUCAGGGCUGUGGCCACGCUGAAACCACCACAAGUGUCGGCCAUGGCACCUUGAGACCCGGUCAGCCAAGGCCAGAGCAGUGUCCCAAACCAGCCCAGUUUCCACUUGGCAUCUCCACUUCUUUCUACAGCGAAGCAAAGACUAGAAGCAAAACGGAUGCCCGCACUCAGUGGCCCACCCACCUUUUGACCAAGAGACUUGCAGGCAUCUCUCAGUGGAGAGACUCCUUCCAGUCUCCCAAUGACCCUGACAGCUGGGCUGAGCUGAGCUGAUCCUCUGCUUGUGGAUGAAGGGCCAUCUUUACCAUGAAGGUUUGGGGUUGGGGCCAUGAAGAUCGUGCACAUCGGGCAUAGCCAAGGGGCUCCUACAGCCGCCUCCAGGUAUUUGCCUGGGAAAUGGGCAUUUUAUAGAUAUAAAUUAUUUUUAUGUUGUGUUGAAUUAAUCGAUAGGAAAGGGGGAGAAAAUAACCUCCUUCAAACUUCGUAUCUGAUUGUCUGAAAUUCUAACCAUGCUUUUAACUUAUUGUUUUUACCCAGCUCUGAAUGUCAUUGUUCCCGCCUAUGUUUGAAUAAAGUCUU